AUGGUGCUCUCUGCUUCCAAGUCCCUUGGGCCUUUGGCUCUCAUCGCCGCAUGUAGCUCGGCUUUGGCUUCCGCUUCAAACUGUGUUGAGCUCUUAAUUCCCGUUUCUGCGCAAGCCAACAACACAAAAUUCAACACAGUGAAGGUUGAUAGCAAUGUCGACGCAGUCGAAUUUACACUAAGUAGAGAUCGGUGGGAUGCCCUGACUAUCGCCGAAAUUUCCGGCGGUGAUAUUGCGGUUGGUGGAGACUUCGAAAUAAGCGGUCACUUUUGCAUUCCGUCAACUCCGCGGAAUGGCGAGAAUACUCUCCUAAUUGCGUCUCAUGGUGUUGGCUUCACAAAAGGUUUGUUCGAUCCCACUUAUAGACGGGAUGACCUUUCGUUUGUGAAAGCUGCGUCAGAUCAAGGCUACGCUGUAUUGGCUUAUGAUCGCCUUGGUGCCGGUCUGUCAUCUCUCCCAGACGCAUACGACUAUCUCCAAGUUCCUCUUCAAGGAGAGGUCCUUCGUGCUCUAACAGAGCGCGCUCUAAACGGCACAAUCGUUACAGCCUCCGAGAAGACUGGGGGAAACAGUAGCAUAGCAAAUUAUACAGCCGAAAAGGUCGUGCACGUGGGUCAUUCCUAUGGGUCAAUCGUCACAAACUGGUUCCUUGCACGAUACGGCUCCCUUAGUGCUGGCGCGAUUCUCACUGGCUUCUUAAUCGACAGUGAAUUUGCCAACCUUAAGGUUGAAAUAGCUGAUCUGUCAUAUGCCCCUGAGCAUAACCCUACGCUAUUCGAAAACCGCACGAGCGGCUACCUGGCAUUUGGCAGUCUUACCGCUUUCCAAGCUGAUAGUUUUAAGAAGGAAACUUUGGACCCUAAUGUGUUAACCUAUUGGAACGAAAAUAUUCAGUCAAGUCUGGGAGUUGGAGAAGUAUUGACACUGGGAACUGGGGUCGGAGAUGUUGUAGCCGAUUUUACUGGACCUCUUCAGAUAUUUGUUGGUGAAAACGACUUUGCCUUCUGCGCCGGUCAAUGCGCAGGCAUUUUUGAUCUGAAUCAACUUCACGGCUUGUACCCCAAUGUGAAGGACCUUGACGUCUAUCUCCAGCCUAAUACAGGACACGUCGUUCAACUAUCUCUCAACGCAACAGCAGGUUACCAGGUGAUAUUUGGUUUCUUGUCAAAGAAUGGACUGUAA